AUGACACAAAGCCAAAUUGUUUUUCGACCGUCUCCGAGCCCUUCGCCGCCGCCUGCGCCACCAGUGCCGAGCCCCUGGACCACCCCCAUGAAAUGGGUGGUGGUCACGGGGGUCAUCGGGCUGGUGGCGACCACCCUGGGACUCCUGGAGAGAUCUCCCUUACCGGUGCCGUUGGAGCCGGUAAGUGCCCGAGAAGAACCUGGGGGGGUGGCGGUGGCCCCUGAAGAGGCGGCGGCGGAGGGGGAGGAAGAAGAAGAAGAAGAAGAAGGAAGAGGAGAAGGAGAAGGAAGCGCUGUGUGA